UUAAAGCUUCUUUUUUUCCGGAACAGGAGACAUGAGGUUCUAAGACACCUGUCAGGAGGACUAUACAUCCAAACGCUAUAUGUGAGGCAACCGGAGGCUGCGUGUUUGGCCAUGGGCGCGCUGGUAUCGUCAUUAUAGCCUCUCGGUGACCAAGGAGCGUAAAGUUAUUCUGCUACGUUCUUGUUCUUAUUGUCUUUCACCUUCUUCUGUUUUUUUUCAAGCCGCAUGAGUUCACCGCUGUUUUUAGGUCAGCUGGUCGGGGUUCCGUUAGAAAUAAUGCACCCUACAAUGGAGAAAGACACGACUUACACCAAGAUUUUUGUCGGCGGGUUGCCCUAUCACACCAACGACGCUUCACUUAGGAAAUAUUUCGAGACUUUCGGGGAGAUCGACGAGGCAGUGGUAAUCACAGACAAACAGACGGGCAAGUCCAGAGGAUAUGGCUUUGUGACCAUGGUGGACAGGGGGGCAGCAGAGCGGGCGUGCAAAGAUGCAAACCCCAUCAUUGACGGCAGGAAGGCCAACGUGAACCUGGCAUACCUGGGAGCGAAGCCUCGCAGCUCGCAGACCAGUCUCUCUGUUGGAGUUCAGCAAGUCCAUCCUACGUGGGCUCAGAGGCAAUAUGGGCUUGCCCAGCAGUACGUCUACCCUCAGGCGUUCCUCCAGCCCAGCCUGGUGCUGCAGUCCCAGCUCAGCCCCACAGCAGCAGCAGCAGCACUCGCCUCUCCUUACCUGGAUUACAGCUCCGCCUACAGCCACUACGCCGCCACAGGACUGGAGCAGUACCCCUACACCCCUUCACCGUCGCCCUCCACUGGCUACCUCAGCUACAGCUUCUCCCCUGGCACUCCAGCGCCCACCCUCACCGCAUCCCCGACACCUCCAGCUGCCAUCCAUCCUCCCCUGGCUGCACUCACCACUAUGUCUGCUGCCCCGCAGGCCUUCCUCCACUACCCUCUGCACCAGCCUGACCGCAUGCAGUGAGCAGCUCUGAGUGGAGCUGCAGCGGCCGAACUGAAAAUUUCCAAAAAGCGUGACUCUUGACCUGUGACAUCAUCAGGAUGAGACUGGAUAACCAGGAAGAGAGUGUGAUGUAAUCAAAAGGGCUUUCAGAAAGCACUCUUGUUCCUGUUUUUAUAUAUAUAUAUAUAUAUAUAUAUAUAUUGUAAUAGUUAAGGAAAAUGUUCUAUUGUUACAGUCAUCAGCAUACGAUCUGAAUGUUUUUCAUAAGUGGCAGAAAUCAGGGGCUGGAAUGAGACGACCCUGACCCCUGACUCUCAGCACUGAAGUUGGACACAGGCUGACUGCUGGAGAGCGGAUGGGUAAAGACAAAGAGAAAUAUGUCUGUUUGACAUGAUGCUGCGGCUGCAGUUUCUCCAAAGGUUCUGAGCUGAAUGCUGGAUUUUAGCCAGGCUGAGAGCCAGUUCCUCUUUCAGAAAUGCAGGUCUAAUUACCUCCUCUUCAAGGUUACCUUUCUGUCUAUGGCCUUAGAGAGCGCUCUCUCUCUCUGUCUCUCUCUCUGUCUCUCUGUCUGUGUGUGUGUGCCUGGUUCAGUUUGGUUUUUUAUUAGUCGUAAAUGAACAAAAUGUUUAUUGUACUCCCCUUUGUUCCUUUUAUCUACUGCUGACAGUAAUAAUCACAGUUGAACAGAAAAUGCAAUUGUGAUGAUAAAGAGCAUGUAUAAGGUAGACAACACUGGUAUUUUGUUUUUAUAUUGCUACUGCUAGAACAUUACACAGAGAAAGACUUUGUUAACACUUAAAACACAAUAGGGAAUUGAAUUCCUGCAGCCACUUUGUUAUUUUUAUUAGUAAGUUUUCUGGAUUUGGUCUUUGGGGGACUGUUUUUAUGAUAGAUUACAAAGUUGUUGAUACAUAUCAUGUAAAUGUGUUUGGAUGUAGGUGUCAAGAUGUAUGUUGUUACUGAUAUGUGUGGGUGUAUUUGGUGUCUGGUUUUGUGUGUCUUGACUGAGUGAGUGAGUGAGAGAAAAAUUGAGCGAUGCAGUACAUGCCAGUGUCAGGACCGAGCUCCUUCUCCAGCCCAUUGUACUUUGUUUCUUUGUUUUUCCCAGCUGCAGAAUACAGGCAGAUGCUUUAGAGAUGAUCCUGGAAUCUUGCGGUGCUGUGGCACCACCUUAGUAGUCCUAAACCAAGCCAUACAUCACAUUUGAAACAAAUAUGCAAAAUAAAAGGAAUAUUUCUAAAAUGA